GAAUUACAAAAGGAGUAUGUUAAAGCCGUGAUACACCUGGAUUUUUAAGGAUUGCUAGCAAACUUACUUGCAUCGAUUUUUUUUUAAUAGACAUAAAAUACAAACAGAAAAGUUAUGGCUAGCAUUGGACUGGCUAUAAAUGUCCCAAACCCAGAGGAAAAUGCUGUUUUUACCCAGUUAAAACCUGUAAGGAUGCCUGGAGGAGAUGGGGGCGAAGACUCCUCAGUGUUUGAGGAAAUCAAACCUAUGACCCGAUUAGAGAUGGAUAAAUACCUUCUACAGAAUGCCCCUCCUGUUCCUGCUGUCAUCCCGGAUAAGAAGUAUCGACGGGAGAGCGCCUCGGUUGUGGAUGAAUACUUCUCCACGGAAAAACAGUCACCCUACAGCGUCAACAUCAAUGUGAUACUUCCACACACCGCCCACCUUCGCACCGGCCUCUACCGACCGACCAAGCCCUUCUCACAGAUCAAAACGGAGCCUGGGACUUACCCCCAGCCUACCUCCUCUCCACCCUCUUCCAUUCAGACACUCCCGGACUUCACAUCAGUCUUCAGCAUGCCACAAACAGUCAACAGCAUGUUUAUCAAGCAGGAGAUUCACUCAGAUGAACUCCAGAUUGGCCCCCAACAGCCUCAGGUCUACCAGCUGCCAAUCAGCAGUAACGAGGUCACAAUGCCCCUGACUACCAGCCAAUCCAGCACUACCAUGCACACGUUAAGUAGCGUCACCAUGACAACUGGCAACAGGGUUAAAUCCUUCCACGUCCCUGUCAGCACCCAUGGUGGCUUUGCAGUACCCGGGCAGUUCUACCAGGCCCAGUCUCUCAGUCUUCCACCCUCCCCUCCUAACUCCCAGCCGGGGAGCCCUGAAAACCAGCCAGAUCUCAUCAACACCAUGUCCCCACCCCCUCCCUACAAGGCCAUGCCUGGCCUGAAACUAGUCCAGGAGCCCUCCCAGCUCCACUCCCAACACAGCAUGGUCACCGGUUUCUCCCAGACACAGGGAACCCUGACUGGGCCACGAUACAACCGCCGGAACAACCCAGAGCUGGAGAAGAGGAGGAUUCAUCACUGCAACUUCCAGGGAUGCAGCAAAGUUUACACCAAGAGUUCUCACUUGAAAGCACAUCAGAGAACACACACAGGUGAAAAGCCUUACAGAUGUAGCUGGGAAGGCUGUGACUGGCGCUUCGCCCGCUCUGAUGAGUUGACCCGGCACUUCCGCAAACACACGGGCGCCAAGCCUUUCAAAUGCAUUGCCUGCGGGCGCUGCUUCUCUCGCUCUGAUCACCUGGCACUGCACAUGAAGAGGCACCAGAACUAGGGUCUUCCAUACCCCCCUGACUGAUGCUUCUCCAUUUAAAAAAAAAAAAAGAAAAAUAUUGUAUAUAUGAAAAAUAAGCUGCCAUGAAACACAAACCCAGUACUAAAAAUGUAUUUACAGGAUGUGCAAGUGUAUGUGUGAGUGUGCAUGUUAGAAAUAGAGAGAUAGAGGUUAAAAGAUGAAAUAUUUUAUGUAUAAGAUAAAGAAACUUGACUUUUAUAGGUUUUCAUGCCUAACUGGAACUUAUAAUUAUUUUUUGUAUUUAUUCCUAUGCUUGGUCUUCAGUUCUCUCCCCACCCUCACCUCCAUCGCGAAUGUAAGCCUUUCAGAAAUACUGUAAUAUAAUUAUAAAGUUUCUUCAUACUGUUACCUAGGCCAAGAUGCCGUCCUUCUAAUUAUGGCGAUAGGAAGACUAAAUAUCUCUUGUACAGUUAAUCUACUGGUUAUUAUAAUUGCCUUUCAUCCAAAUAAGGACUGUUUCUUUUUAUAGUAUGAACUGUUUUUACUGGUUUGUACAAAUUACUGAAAGAGAAAAGAGCAUGACAAAGAUCAAGGGAACAUAAGAAACAUGAUGAACAAGAGCAGGCCAUUCGACCCCUCUGUGUUCUUUUGGUUACCAACAGUUGGUUGAUGUAUAUUUUUGAUUGAAUCUGCCAUAGGUUGUGUUAGACAUUUAACUAUGAGCAAUAACUCCUCAUAGGAGCAAGUAUUACCCUAGCAGUUGUCCCAAAGUUUACAAAGUUUUUCUACUUCUUUUAAUGCAGUGAAGUGGUGAUGUCUUCAAGACCUAUCUUCUGUGGUUUAGUGUGGUGAGACUUGAAUGUAAAGAGUGGUUUCUGUUGAAGAAAUCUUUCAAGGGGGCUUUUUCACAGGAUGGUUUAGAACAAGACAGAGAUAGUUUACAGUGCUUAGUCCAGGUACAUAGUCAUUUAACCUGUGUGGAAAUAUUUUCCAGUAAAAGAGAUUGUCUGGAUUAUGGGUUUAUUUGUUUACUGUAUUAAUGUACUUUGGGAAGUGGCUCCCUGACAAUGUACAAUUACUGUAUAGCACUGUUGGUUUGCUCUCCAAAAAUGACCGUAGACAAAAUGGUAAAAGAAAAAUGACUGUGUUAAACUCAACUGCCAAUGUCUGCCAUAAAGAUCAAGUAAGAUAA